AUGCAUGACAGUAACAAUGUGGAGAAAGACAUUGCACCAUCUGAAUUGCCUGCAAACCCAGGUUAUCUGCAUUCAAAAGAGCAUUCUAUUAAAGCUACCUUAAUUUGGCCCUUAUUUUUCUUAAUCAUGUUUCUGACAAUCAUAGUGUGUGGAAUGGUUGCUGCUUUAAGCGCAAUAAGAGCUAACUGCCAUCAAAAGCCAUCAGUAUGUCUUCAAGCUGCAUGCCCAGAAAGCUGGAUUGGUUUUCAAAGAAAGUGUUUCUAUUUUUCUGAUGACACCAAGAACUGGACAUCAAGUCAGAGGUUUUGUGACUCACAAGAUGCCGAUCUUGCUCAGGUUGAAAGCUUCCAGGAACUGAAUUUCCUGUUGAGAUAUAAAGGCCCAUCUGAUCACUGGAUUGGGCUGAGCAGAGAACAAGGCCAACCAUGGAAAUGGAUAAAUGGUACUGAAUGGACAAGACAAUUAGUCAUAAAAGAAGAUGGUGCCAACUUGUAUGUUGCAAAUGUUUCACAAGUUCCUCGAAUGAAUCCAAAACCUGUCAUGGUUUCCUAUCCUGGGAGCAGGAGAGUGUGCCUAUUUGAAUGACAAAGGUGCCAGUAGUGCCAGGCACUACACAGAGAGGAAGUGGAUUUGUUCCAAAUCAGAUAUACAUGUCUAGAUGUAUAGCAAAGCCCCACCUAAUCUUUAGAAGCGUAUUGGAACUGAUAACUCCAUUUUAAAAUGAGCAAAGAAUUUAUUUCUUAUACCAACAGGUAUAUGAAAAUGUGCUGAAUAUCACUAAUAACUGGGAAAAUACAAAUCAAAAUUAUAGUAAAAUAUUACCUGUUUUCAUGGUGCUGAUAUUGCCUGUUCUCCCACUUCUAAUGACAUACCCGAGACUGAGUAAUUUAUAAAUAAAAGAGAUUUAAUUGA